AUGACAGACGUAAUGCUUAUUACAAAGGAGAGGUGUGUUUCAGAUAAAACAACUGGCAUUCAAACGAAGGUAACUUCAAAGACACCAAUUCUGACAGUGGCUGGUAAGAACCACGUUAGCGUAAAUGGAAUUUCGUCUAGUAAAUUUACGACUGUGGAGUCGACUAGGGAUCAAGGCCUGGGAAAGGCGGAGAAAAAAAAAGAAUCAAAGGAUCAAGUGCGCGCCAGCUCCGGUUUGGGAAAGAAAACUACACCUUCUUUGUCCACCUCAUCCGCCGUUGGAAAAAAGUCAGAAGAUCCAAACCGGAGUCUUGUUGUUACGUCUAAAGAAGAUGAGAAUGACAUAAAUGAAGGAAACGAGGAAAAUACUAAUAGUUUUCGAGAGUCAGGGAAAAAUGGAGUAGGAGUGGUAAGAAAUCAGGUGAAAGCACUUUAA